UGCUUAAGCACAAAAUUUUCUUAGAAAUUAAAAAUAUUUGAGUUACGUCAACUCAUUCAUUUUUUUCUGAUAAAAUUUAAAUUUGUUUUCAUUUCAAUCAGAGAAAUUGUGUAAAAAAUCGAUUUUUUCAUGACAAACUAACUAAGAUCCAUUCUAAAUGAUGGACACGAACCUGGAUCUACAAGAAUCGGGUUGGGAGGAACUGAGGAGAGAAGCUCGAAAGAUCGAAGGCGAUCUCGAUGUCAAACUCUCUUCUUAUGCUAAGAUUGGUGCUAGGUUCACCCAUGGAGGUUUUGUAGAUACUGGGUCGCCAACGCUUGGGUCAAGCAGGUCAUGGAAGUCUAUGGAAAUUGAAAUUCAAUCAUUGCUUGAGAAACUGCUGGACACAAACGAUGCUAUGAGUAGAUGUGCUGCUUCUACUGCACCGACUACUUCCGUGACCCAGAAGCUUGCAAGGCACAGAGACAUACUACAUGAGUUUACUCAGGAAUUUAGAAGAAUCAAGGGAAACAUAAAUUCAAUGAGGGAACACGCGGAGCUUCUGAGUUCUGUCAGGGAUGAUAUCAGUGAGUAUAAGGCAUCUGGUAGUAUGUCACCUAGAAUGCAAUUGCUCAGAGAGCGAGCUGCCAUCCAUGGGAGCAUAGCUCAUAUAGAUGAUGUGAUUAAUCAAGCUCAAACAACAAGAGCAGUGUUGAGCUCUCAAAGAGCUUUGUUCGGAGAUGUUCAAGGGAAAGUAAAAGUUCUAAGUGACAAGUUCCCUGUUAUCCGUGGCUUGCUUGGUUCCAUAAGAAGGAGGCGUUCAAGAGACACUCUUAUUCUAUCAGCUGUAAUUGCAGCUUGUACGUUGUUCCUUAUCAUCUAUUGGCUCUCAAAGUAACUAGAGAUGUGAUUUAUUUAAUACGAAAUGUUGUAAGCGGUUAUGUUUUGGUAAGAGAAUUUUGCUUAUAAUUUGUUAGAA